UGGUGUAAUCAGCAAACAUAGCCUAAUGUCUCUGGGGAUCUCUUAAGAACGGCCGAGACUGCCACCGAAACUUCUAUGCUUCCACCCUAAAUCACUGCAUCCAUAAUUUGCUUUGAAUAUACACUUUUAUUCCAAUUUAUUCGGAUUUAUUUUUAUUUUUUGGUCAAAAUUUAUUAUGAUUUGAUUCCCCAAUCACCAGUGUUAGGGUUUUGGUGAUCGAAAUCAGAGGUACAAUUUUAGGGCAGGGAGGGUGAUGGAUGAUUAUCAGGAGAUGGAGAGGUUUGGAAUGGAGAAGGAUUACGAGGACGGUCAGUGGAUCGGCGGGGAGUUCUAUUACCGCAAACGCAAGGACAAGCGCGUCCAAACCAAAGACGACGUCCUCUACGGCAUAUUCACUGCCGAUUCCGACGACGACGAUGACAACGACGGCCCCAGAAAACGCAGGAAAGACCGAAAGGUCGACCUCACCAGGCCCGUCAGUUUCAUCUCCACCGGAAUCGUCAUGCCCAACCAGGAGGUCGACGACAAUUCAAAGCAGCAAAACGAUGAUAACCGGCCUGGCCUCGGCGCCACCAUUGGCCUCGGCUUUGGUGCCGCUACCGGUUCCGGUUUAGGUUUUAAAGUUCCGAAUUUGGAUCCGUUGGGGGGCGAGGAGGAGGAUGACGACGACGAGCAGAGUUUUUUGCCGACAGCGUUUGGGAAGAAGAUAAAGGAGGGAGCGGAGAGGAGACACAAGGAGAGGGAAAAGCUGAAAUUGCUCAAGCAGACUAGUAGUCAGUCUCAGGGUCGAGGAGGUUCUGAAGAAGGCCAAUUUGCAGGAUUAGGAGCAAAGGGCGGCGGGGAUGGGGGUUUGGGGACCUUCGAGAAGCACACCAAGGGCAUUGGAAUGAAGAUGCUUAAGAACAUGGGCUACAAAGGAGGCGGACUUGGGAAGAACGAGCAAGGCAUUCUCGCUCCUAUUGAAGCCAAGUUGAGGCCAAAGAAUAUGGGCAUGGGUUUCAAUGAUUACAAGGAGACGGAAGUCAAGCGGCCUAGCUUGCAAGAAUUGGAAGCUGAAAAGCCGAGCAAGCCUUUGCCGGAUGCGACCUCCGCCAAAAAGAAGCCUUCCUGGAAGAAGAGGGCCGCUGCCGACAAGACUGACAAGGACCAUUAUGUCUCCGCCAAGGAGUUGUUAGCCCAGAAGCAGGAAGAGGGCACCGAGGUCCUUGUGCACAAGGUGGUUGAUAUGCGAGGACCUCAGGUUCGAGUCUUGACCAAUCUGGAGAAUUUGAAUGCCGAAGAGAAAGCCAGGGAAGAGGACGUUCCCAUGCCCGAGCUACAGCACAACGUCAGGUUGAUUCUGGACUUAGCUGAGCUUGAUAUCCAGAAGAUUGAUAGGGACCUGAGGAUUGAGCGGGACACGGCCAUCAGCUUGAACCAGGAGAAAGAGAGGUUGAAGACGGAGGUGGCCAGGCAGAAGCAAUACCUGGAUAGCUUGGAGGAUAUUAGGACCGUCUUGGAUCGACUGGGAGAAGAGAAUAGAAUGGGAACAUUGACGCUGGACUCCCUGACAAAGGGCUUUGGUGACCUGCAGAAGAGAUACGCUGAUGACUAUAAGUUAUGUAACUUGUCUUGCAUUGCCUGCUCCUUUGCUCUGCCUCUAUUUAUUAGGAUGUUUCAGGGCUGGAAUCCUCUUAGAAACCCCUCGCAUGGGUUGGAUUUAGUAUCUUCUUGGAAGGCUUUGCUUCAUGGCGAGGGGGAGAGAGAACAGUACUUGGAUAUUUGGGAUAACUCAAUGUCCCCUUACACCCAAUUGCUUUCCGAGGUUGUAGUACCUGCCGUUAGGAUUGCUGGCGUGAAUACAUGGCAGCCCAAGGACCCUGAACCCAUGCUUCGCUUUCUGGAGUCCUGGGAGAAAUUGCUGCCUCCUUCUGUCCUUGAUUCCUUAUUGGAUAUGGUAAUCUUUCCUAAAUUGAAGGACGCAGUUGACUUGUGGGAACCUCACCGGGACACUGUACCCAUCCAUGUGUGGGUGCAUCCGUGGCUACCAUUCUUGGGACACAAGUUGGAAGACUUGUAUCACACAAUACGAUUCAAGUUGAGUAAUGUUCUGGGUGCUUGGCACCCAAGUGAUGGAUCUGCCUAUACUAUACUCUCACCGUGGAAGAAGGUGUUUGAUGCCGCGAGUUGGGAACAGCUUAUGUAUAGAUUUAUAGUACCCAAGUUGCAGCUUGUCUUACAAGAAUUCCAAGUGAACCCUGCAGAUCAGACGCUUGAUCAAUAUAAUUGGGUGAUGAGUUGGGCUUCUGCUAUUCCAAUUCAUCUAAUGGUAGAUAUGAUGGAGAAAUUUUUCUUCACCAAGUGGCUACAGGUUUUGUAUCACUGGUUAUGUUCGAACCCGAACUUUGAGGAGGUUUUAAAUUGGUAUAAAGGUUGGAAGGAACUCAUUCCUGAGGAGCUUCAUGCUAAUGAAAGUAUCCGGUAUCAGCUUAAUUGUGGUCUUGACAUGAUGAAUCGGGCUGUUGAGGGUAUGGAGGUGGUCCAACCUGGUUUGAAGGAGAAUAUUAGCUACUUUAGGGUGCUUGAGCAAAGGCAAUUUGAGGCACAUCAGAAAGCAGCAGCAGCAGCAGCACAGGCAAACUUGGGUGGUACUGCUCAAAUGGAUGGCAUUGGUCACGAGAUGAGUUUGAAAGAUGUUAUUGAAGCCCAUGCGCAGCAGCAUGGCCUGCUAUUUAGGCCUAAGCCUGGGAGGAUGCAUAAUGGUCAUCAGAUGUAUGGCUUUGGUAAUGUAAGCAUAAUAGUUGACUCUCUAAAUCAAAAGGUAUAUGCCCAAACAGAGGAAACUUGGUCCCUUGCAUCCCUUGAAAGGUUGCUGGACAUGCACAAAAAUUCACUUACAAGGAGACGCUGAGUUUUGUACAGGCCUUUGAAGAGUUGAAGGUUUGUGGCGGCUCUGGGCUGAGAAUGGAGCUGAUGCAUUAGGUUGUAAUGCAGCUUGCCUAACCUUGGAUCGAGAACUAAAAAUUAACUUGUCAUACUUUUUUCAGCUCGUCUUUGGAAGCCGGAAUAUCUGCUGUAGGGAAUGUUACCGGAUUAUAGUUCGAAAAGGAUCUAAUUACAGUGCAUCUGAUUAUUAAAGAGUUCAACCAGUUUGAACAGAGUGAUGUAUUAUCGGAUACUGGCUUUAAGAACAAGGGAUGAAAAGAACAACAAUAAGGAGUCAUAUGGUGAUUUGUGUUUGUAGUAUUGAUAUGUUUUCUGUAUGUACGUGAUAGCAAUGGUCCUCCUGAUACAUACAUGCAGACACACACAUAUGUAAUCCUAGUUUAUGUAUUAAAAAUGUUUGUUUGUUUCUAAUGGUUUAUAUAUAUUUUUUAGAUUCAACAAGAUUUGCUGUAAAACAUGUUUAGAAAAGUUCUGCGAUGACUUUUGUGAAAGAAUCAAAGCUUGACUACGUUGGACGAUUUGGAAUCUCCAGCUUGAAGCUAUUGUAGCAGCUCUGUCCCAUUCAUCACUGCUUUUUGUUAAAAAGAAAAGAGCUGCUCCUCUCCGAUCUAAGUCCUCUCUCUAGUCAGAAAUUGCAUAAGUUAAUCAGGAUGGGUCGACAGGCUUUCCAAACCUCCAGCGGUACAGUAUGUGCAAUAGCUUUGAAUUGGGAUGUAAACUCGUAGGGACGUCACUUUGAAUGCUCUGCCAAGACUGCCAUUAAGUUUGAUUGAAACCAGACAAAUCUAGUGGCAUUGGUAAAAAUUUGAGAAAGGCUCUGUGAAUUGAUUUUAGACUUUGGGAAAUAAUGCUAUCAAGCGUUUAUCCAAUGUGUUUUGUUGGAUGACGAGGGUCGAAAUGUUUGGGUUAGUUGUGUUAAACAGUUUGACUCAUUGGAUGGGAAAAUCCUUUGCUAUUGUUGUUGCGGUCUCAGUUGAACGCAUUUGGCUGGAAAGCAACCAUAUGUAGGAUCUCAAGAUCUCCAGUUUGUCUGAAAAAUAUCGUCUCAAGCAUUCGUUAUUGGUCGUGCUCUAUACACAUUCUCGGAAAAAACAUGGAAAUUUUUGUUUUGUACAAGUUGGAAGAUGGUUAUUGAUUAGGUACCAAGUAAACUUGUCCCUUAUUUAAUGACUAGUUUUGGAAGUUGCAUU